AUGCCAUCCUUGACGAAGACUCUUCAUUAUAUUUCCAGUGCACUGGUUACUUCCAUAUCUGUUGCUGUGUUGGGUUUUGCCAUGUCAACACUGUGGGCUAAAUCCACCAUGGAGUGUGCCAGAGCUGGAAGUGAGAUAUUCAAUGGAACUGCUGAAGUCACACUGGGUCUCUUUGAAGGAAUACUCACCAGAUCCUUUUGUCCCAGUUUUGGAAAUACAGAUGGGUUUCAAGUGAUUCCUGUGUUGACAAAAACAGCAACUACAUCGUUGGUCCUUCACGUUUUGGUGGUGUGUCUGUUGGCCCUUUGUCUGCUGUGUUCUGCUGGCAGCAUCCUCAUCUCUCUUUACAACAGUGUCAGUAACCCUUACGAGACCUACAUGGGGCCUGUCGGAGUUUACGUCUGCAGCGCUCUCAGUGCUUGUUUGUCUGUGGUGGUCCUCAUCAUAUUUGUAUUAAACGUCACUGUGACCAGCAUGUCGGAGGAACUGUUUGAAGCUGUCGGCGAUAAUAUCUCAGUAGACCUAAAGAACAAGUCUGCACAGAUGGGCGUUGGAUUCUUCCUGGUCAUCCCUUACGCGGUGUUCUCUCUAGUGGCCAUUUUAUUGAUCUUCUUUUAUGACCAUGCAGCUUACACACACAGACGAGAGCAGGAGAGGCCUACGGAGGAUGCUCCCAAGGAAAUCAUGAUGUAUUAG